AUGGAACAAAAAUUAAUUCAUGACGAUUGUUUUAUCAGUCUUGGGUUCGAAGAUGAAGAGAAAACAAUACUUUUUAUUAUAUUGAAAGGUGAUUUUCGCGUAUAUACUAAAAAUAUUUUUUGGGAGACAAGUGAGAUCGCCUUUUCUAGAAACAAAGUGUGGGGAUAUUGCAGGAUACAAUAUCCUGAUACGAUCUCGAUCUAUGAUGCAUAUUGCGAGGAAGAAUACGCUAAGAUAAUAAUAGCAACUAAAGAAAUAGAAAUUCUUUUUAACGAAAGGAGUCUCAGUGGGUGGUUAACAAUCAACAAACUUGAACCAGACAAGUAUCUACCAUUCAAUAUCGGGUUGUAUUUACAGAACCUGAUAACAAUACUCGAAGAAGAUGGUAGUAAUGAUAAUGAAACGAAAUUAUAUAUCAAUAAAAA